GAUAAAGAAAACUAUUUAAAACUACUUGAGCAACCCUAGUAAAAAGUGUAAAAAAACUUACAAAAUGAUCACCAAGCAAUUUUGAUGUCUUCAAUCAAAAAAGACAAACCAAGAACAAUAUCAAAAUGUGUGCAAAAUUGUAACAAAAAUACAAAAAUUAACCAGCAACCCAGCGCCCAAAAUCGCACCAAUCGGUUGUACAAAACUGACAACUCCACCCGCACCCACGACACCGUCCUAGCCGGCGAUGCUUUUGGAGCUCCUCGAAUAUGCCACAAGACUGCUGAGAAACAAUAUGACAACAAUUAUACUCGCAACAACAACGGCAACGGCAACAGCAACAGCAACAGCGACAAAUAACAUCGCCACAAAUUUCAACAACAUCUCCAUCCCAACCGGCGCCACCCCCGUCGUCACCACUACCCUUACAUCACUUCCGACCACACUACGCGACAUGCUACCCGAACGUCCUGCCGCAACGCCACCAGCACUCGAGACCUUUAAUUCUACACUUAAGACGCUUUUUAAUAAAACACUCGCCAAUGUGGCGCAAGCUAAUUUAAGCGAUUAUACCACACCGUACACGUUGCUGCCGUCCCUCAACAAUGUCACUGGCAUUAGCACGGGCAUUGGCAUCGGCACGGAGGGGAGUGCGUUGGAUAGUGGUGGUGCAACAACGGUUCUGUCGUCUGUUCUACCAACGCUACCUGUGACGCGCUAUACCAUGGAGGCGACUACAUCGCUACCCGCGCAAACAGUGGCCACAUUCAUUGCGGCGGGACAUAAAAAUCGCGCCACGAUAAUUGUUUAUCCUACAGUUUCGCCCGAAUCUAUUGUGAUACCCAUCGUUUCGUGUAUAUUCGGUUUCCCCAUAUUGGCUUUACUCGUCAUCUGUUGCCUGCGUCGUCGCGCGAAAUUGGCACGUGAACGUGAUCGUCGUCGGAAUUACGAUAUGCAGGACCACGCUGUGAGCCUGGUCAGAUUUAGUCCCAUACAUAGGCUUAAUUACCGACCGUCGCGAGCUAUCAGUUUACGUCCUGAACGAAGCCUGAGUCAGGGUUUCACCUCCCUCGAGCUCGAUACCGUAGUGGAGGAACGCUGCAGCGAUGUAGAACAAACGCAAACGGAAAUACUCAAUGCCGAAUCGCCCAUGGAGACGACUUCAUCCUACAAGAUGUCCUUUUCAAGCUAACAAUUAGUGGAUAAACAACAAAAACAACAGCAACAGCAGCUACAACAACCACAACACCUAUUACAAAUCUCCCCAACAGUAGCAGCAGCAGCA